AUGAACUGUGACACAGCAAAUGGUAUGUGGAACAAAUUACUUAGUGUGUACGAACAGAUGUCGGACACAAGCAUAACAAUAGUACAACAAAAGUUCUAUCGUUAUACAAUGGAUCCAAAAGACAAUAUAGCAGGUCAUAUUUCAAAAUUAGAAAAUCUAAGUAGACAACUAAAACAAUUGGGAGAACCUAUCUCAGAAUCAAUGUUGAUUACAAAAAUUUUGAUGACAUUACCUGAUAGCUAUAGGCACUUCUACAGUGCAUGUGACUCAAUGAAUAGUGCAAAUAGAACGCUAGAACAGUUAACCACUCGAUUGAUGGUGGAAGAAAUACGACAAGUGCAAGGACAGGAGGUCCGUGACGAUGGCGCUGAAAGUAGUGCUUUGACUGCAACCAAAGGCAAGUAUAAUAAAAGUCAAAAAUACGUGAACAAAAAUGAUAAUACAAAACCAGGAAAAUGCAAUCACUGUAAAAAACCAGGACAUUGGAAAAGGGACUGCAGGAUAUUCAAAAAGGAACAAGAAGAAAAGAAAUCAACUUCUGGUUUGGAGCUUAUUGGUGUACAAAGAAAAAAUGAAGAAAUCGACGACUCAGACAAAUGGUAUGUAGACUCAGGUGCGAGCGACCACAUGACAAAUCGAAAAGAGUGGUUCGUCGAUUAUAAACAUUUUGAUGUGCAUUCGCUUGUACGUAUUGGAGAUGGUAAGCACAUUAUGGCAGUCGGAAAAGGUAACCUAAAUAUUUAUACUUAUGUUGACAAUAAGUGGAUAAAAGGCUACUUAGAAAAUGUUUUAUAUGUACCUGAUCCAAAGGUAAAUUUAUUUUCUUGUGGGGCAUGCCUUGAUAAAGGAAUUACAAUGGUGACAGACAGUAAAGGUUGCUCAUUUAAAAUUAAUAAUCGUGUAAUUGCAGUCGGUGUUCGUGAGAAUAAAUUGUUUACAAUGCUAAUCAAAACUGAUUUUUCACAGGAAAUUGGACACUGUGCUAACGUUGCAGUUAAGAAAUUAACAUUAGAACACUGGCACAAAAUACUAUGUCAUCAGAAUGUCAAACAUGUUCGUGAGUAUUUAAAACACAAUGAAAUACAAUUUACAGAUAUACAAGGACAGUUAUUCUGUGAACCAUGCAUCUAUGGCAAACAGCAUAAGGAGACGUUCACUCAGAGCGAAACAAUAACUACUGAACCAGUGUAA